UCAUCCGUACUAGUGGCUGUCACACUAGACAUCAAUGUCCGGGGAUCAGACGCCGCCACCAUGGCCCAGUUCGAGGAGGUUCUGGAUGGAGUGCGGCUGGUUCUGACCUGGGCCUCUCCUCCUGAGAUCCAAGCUCUGCUGGAGGGUUUGGUGGAGGAGCGGAUCAUCUCAGAGGCCUACAGCAAGUGCUUGAGUCUGCACCGAGUCACCGCGGGGGUCACACCUGAGCCAGCUCACAGCAAAACGCCAUGUAAACCAGGACCUGAUCUGAUGAAUUCUCUAGGAUCUCCCACCCACGGGCACCUCAUCCAAGGUGAAUUCAGCCAGGACUGCAGACAAUCUGCCACCACCGACCACAACCAGAUCAGAUCGGAGUCUGAUGAACAUAACAGCGCAAGGUCCUGGCCAAAUCCACCAGUGAUCGACGUACACUACCUCAGUAAAGGAGUCUUUUCUACACCGAUAGUAUACGACUACAACUGCAGUCUCAGAUCAGAUGACGAAAUUACAGAACUGCUGAGAAGUGCAGAAUCGAUGCAGAAGCCAGAAUGUGAUAAUGAAAGAAUAAAUGAGGGGAAUUCUGAAAUUGAGAAGGAGUGGUUAGAGCAGGUAGAGGAGGCAGCUAGGAGGAUAGCUGUGCCUCUGUGGCAGCACUGGGACAGAGCAGGGAGGAUGUUGCUGCCGCUGAUUCCUUCUUUGACUACUUGCUGUGCAACAAGUGAAAUCACAGUGACAGACAGUGAAGCACUAUGCCCUGUUCUGAAUAUGGAAGAGGAAACUGAGCUUGCAAUUGUCUUCAGGACUCUAGAUUUGUACGCUGAUAACUUUAACUCUACAGAGGCAAAGAUCAAAGACCCAGACUUUACACUGGACAGUGAAGUAGCCACUGACACACCAAAGGGACCGUAUUCCUCUGCAUACGAGAUUGGAUUGGACACAGAACAUUUCAACAUCUCUGGAGCAGCAAGAAAUGUCUCACCUGUUGAAGUCUGUGUGGCAACAGACACAAACAACAACAUCACAGACAGGCUGGAGGCUGGUGUCGACGCCUGCGGGGUUUUUGACAGAACAACUGACAAAACAGAGGACCUGCUCUGUCUGACAGGAGAUUCACAGUGUGGCUUUCCAGGAUUUAUAGAAAACUUUGCACAUUUAUUUACUUCCUAUACACCAAAAGAUACUCACACCGAGGCACAAGAUAACUCAUUUUACUCAAACAUAGAUUACAACAUGACAUUAAGCGUUCUAGACAAUGUGGAAAAUGUUUUCAGUGCUGCCAAUGGCACAAAAACGUGCAGCACUGUUGACAUAAGAGACAUCUAUGAGAAUAAAGAGGACGAGGGGAGGGCGGAGUCCCACUGGGGAUCCAAAAUGCAGGAAGUGGAUCAGGACCCGUAUAUCUGUUCUGACAUGGGCAGUAUACCAGAUGCCAAGAUGCUGGAAGUGGCUCUGGAACCGUAUGGCACUCUUGACUUGGGAGAUUUGCCAGAUGAUUUAUCUGAAUACUUGAAUUAUAAUGAAGAUAACCUGGGGAAGAUAAUGGACACAGAUCUGCUCUUUGGCGAUUCGUUGUUGAACUGUAUGGAUGAACUCCCCGACUUCAGUGACAUACCCAUGCCAACAGAGCUGCCCAGCCCAGACAGCCAUGAACAGAGGCAGACGGACAAACUAACAGACAAAACAAAUAACAGGAGAAAAAGACCCAGAGCUCCCCGGUCGCAACGGUGCUCUGAUGAGAACACACCAUCUAGGCCGAAAAGGCAAAGAGCUGCAGGUCGACCAAAAACCAAAGAGGCACAGGUUGAGACAACUGUCAACCAAGGCACUGACACAGGAUCACAGCCAGCAGAGAUGGCAGGCCUCUCCACCACUCAACCAAGAAUCCUUCAUUUCCCUCCCUCCAUUCAGUUUAUCACCAUCCCAGACAAUUCAGCAUACCAGGUUGUUCAGACACUGGGGUUCUCUUCUCCGGUUAUUAGUUUUCCCAACACAGCUGCUACACCUACUUACAUAUUUGUUCCUGCUGCCUCACCACCUUGCAAACGCCAAGUGCCACCCCUCUCCCCAGUGGAUAGUGCAGUAGCACCAGUCAGAAUGAGUUCAUCCCCACCAGGAUCUUUGUCAGACACUGCUAGCAAAGCCAUGUCUCCCCCUUGUGUCUCACCCCUCUCCCCCAACCAUGAGCUGUCCACAUGUAAGGAAACACCUGUUCCUCAGUCUCCUACUGUUCUUGAUAUCCCACCGGUUGUAAAGGACUACAUUCAGGAAUACAAAGCCCACAUGAGUCAAACCUGCCAGGAUAUGGAGGCAGGCCUUACCCUCACCUCUCAUUACGUGGAUGUACAAGUGAGCCAGAGAGAGAUCUUUCGCUCUGGAAAAAACACAAACAGAAUGUUGGAUAAGGAGCUAGUCAUCAUGGGACAUACAGAUCGGCAAAAAAGCUUGUUGGGGCAGAGUCAGAUCUUCAAAGGCUCAGAUGGAGACAAACCCAAACGCUACAUAUUGCUACUUGGCAAUGCUGGCAUGGGAAAAACCACACUGAUCAGGAAGCUGUGUCUUGACUGGUCCAAAGACUGCAUCCCACAGUUUGACUUUGUCUUCCUAUUAGACGGCAAAGCACUGACUUUAACAGAGCCGACCUUUAACCUUCAGACCCUCCUAUUAAACCUCUCCUCCUUUUCCCCUCCCUGCAUGGACCCAGAGGCAGUGUACGCUCAAAUCCUUGCUGCUCCUAAGCGUGUGCUCAUCAUUUUUGAUGGGUUUGACGAGUUGCGCGACUAUGAAACUCUACUCCAGGCUCAAGAAAAAGACGUGAUAACGUCAUUGCAGAGAGACAGUAAAGCACAGACAUAUACAGUUAGACAGUUAUACUCUGCCAUUCUUCAGAGAGUUCUCCUUCCAGGUUGCACACUUCUGCUCUCUACCCGACCAAGAGGCACUGCCAGCCAGCUACUAAGGCGGACAGACAGCUUUUUGGAGAUGUGUGGCUUCACCCCCACAGACAUAGAGACAUAUCUGUCCCAGUACUUCACUGAUCCCGACCUCAGAGCAUCUGCUUUGGACAGAUUAAAAAACAGCAACUACAUACAUCUCCUCUGCUGGAACCCUGGACUAUGUCGGUUGGUUUGCUUGGUCUUAGAGCAGUCCAAAGGUUUGGGGGUCCUUCCACGAACUUUAACUGAGCUCUGCCAUCAAGUGGUUCGUCUGAAAAUGGAAGAGGACAGUAAGACCGCACACUCACAGGCUGAACCUGAAACGCAAAUAUCUGUGGAAUCUGUAGAAGAAACUCAGACACAAAUCUCAAGUAGUUGUCAAGGGAAGAGGUGUCACCAAAAUGCUUGGACAAAGUCCAGAGCGCAAGUUCGCACUCGCACUCAAAGAGGAAGGAGGACAAAAAAGAAGGAGAAAGAGGAAGAUAAAGUGGACGGAGAUGAGAUGCAUGUGUGUGGAGGGGAAGUAGAUAGAACAAAGGAGAGAGAGUUGCUGUCCCAGCUGAGUUCUUUGGCCUGGGAGGGGGUCAAAGCAAACUCCUCCAUCGUUCCCACUGGACGGACCAUAUCUCCCAAGCUCAAGGCAUUUGGCCACAGGACAGGACUCUUCUUCUCUUACCAACUAAGGACAAAGCAGGUCGUCUCAAGUGGUGAGAAGAAGGGAGGAGGAGAGAAAGGAGAAAGUGGAAACAAAGGGAGUAUGGACAUUGAAAACGCUGAUGACUACAUCUUGUUGUGGACAAAUCCUUUCCUUCAGAGUUACCUGGCAGGGGUCCAUUUGUCUCUAUCAAGGACUGUAUCAGACCGUACCUUCCUCCAGACCCUUCCUUUCCAGUCAGGCUCAAAGGCACGUCGGCGCCCUCAAAGGGAGGAGCUUGAACUCACUCAACGAUUUGCAGUCGGGCUUCUGUUCUACAACAGGACAGAGCUGCAAAGGCUUCACUCGUACACAGAGACUGCCUUUAGAGAUAUGGUGGUCAGCAAGCAGGCUUUAGUAACAAAACACCUUGAAGGUCUUUCUCAUGGUGACCUGAGCCCCGCUCAGAUCCUGGAGGCGUGUCACUAUGUUUAUGAGGCAAGUUCCAUGCAUGGUGAUGGUAGCAGAGACAGUGGCAGCACAAGAUUAGUUGCUCACCUGGCAGCAAAUCUUCCAGAGGUCCUGACAUUUCAUGGAGUCCCACUCAACCCAGCGGACGUGUUUGCUGUGCAGAAAGUUCUCGAAAGGGGUGGAACCAAAGGUAGAACUUUUUGUCUGGAUCUGGAGGAUUCUGGGAUACAGAUCUCUGGACUCAGAGCUCUGGUGGGGCUCAGCAACAUCAGCACAUACAGGGCAUGCAUUGCUGAUGCCAUCUCCUUAUGGGAGCAGCUGGAGCAGAGUGGUGAGGAAGGGCUCCAACAAGGGGCCGUGUCCAAAUUCAAGAUCCACCCCCUGAAAGCCACACAACUGUGUCACAUAGAGCACCUGGCCAAGCUGGUGAACAUACAUAUGCACAAGAGGCUGUCGGACAGCUCCAGUCAAUCUGAUUCAAUCUUGGCAGAGGGAGUACCAGCUGUUAAAGAGCUACACAAGCUGGAGUUUGAGCUUGGUCCAGAGAAUGGUCCCCUGGCUCUUCCCAAGCUGUGGGAGCUCCUGCCAGGUCUACAUAACCUGCAGCACUUAGAUCUUGAGAACAGUAAGAUAGGGGACAAAGGAGCUGAGAAAUUGGCUGAUGCUUUAGUCUCACUCUGUUUCUUGGAGGUACUCAAUCUGUCACAGAAUUGUAUAGGAGACCAGGGGGUGAAGAAACUGGCAGCCACACUGAGGGAGCUGCCCAAACUGCACUGUUUAAGUCUUUACAGUAAUGUGAUUUCUGAUGAAGGGGCAGAGAGUUUAGCAGCUGUCCUGCCACACAUGGCUUCCCUCGCCAACCUGGAUGUGAAGUAUAACAAGCUAACAGAUGUCGGAGCACAAAGCCUAGGAGUCAGUCUGAGGAACUGUAAAAAAAUGAAGACUCUGAGGAUGUGGAACCAGUGUAUUCCAUACGGAGUGUUUGAGAGACUUCAGCAGCAGGACAACCGGAUCCUUUGCCAUUAGAAUAAUAGAAACUUCUUAACUACUAAGUCACAAGUUUUUUAUCAUGCAUGUCGUGCAUACAUGUUUACACUACACCAUACAUUUUCUAAAGCAUGUAUUUUUGAGGAACAGUAACCAAAGAGUGAGUGAGUGAGUGAGUGAGUGAGAGUGCACACAAAUAAAACACACUGGAAACAUUUUUGCUGCUUUAUUCAUCACUUCACCUUACCAGAGAUUCCAGUCAGUUCAGGGAAAUAAUUAACCCUUCAGCACCACACAGUACUGGAUCUGUGUAUGGGUGUGUUAAAGUUGGUUCAAAUUCAAGAAGCACAUUUGCACUAUGGUAUUUUUGAUAAUGGCUAGUUUGUAUGUUGUGCCAUUGUAAUUAUUUUUUCUAAUGUGUUUUGUUGUAUGCUCUCCUUCUGUGGCUGUACAUUAUAGAUUGCUUAACAAUUACCUGGCACUUUAAUGUAAAUAAAAGGCUUCAUGUUGUCAUCAGCUACAUAUUUGUUUCUCUCUUCUUUGUCAUUUCACAAUGUGUUUACUGAAUUCAAUGGUUUAUUAACAACUUCAUUUUACUUCCUUCCCAACAGGUUUCUGUUCUCUUUUUUUGAUCCAAAGCCGACCUUUAACAAUGUCAUGCUGUAACUCUGGAGCGUUUUACUUACUUUAAGCCAUUACUCACUGUGUAGAGUGAGGACAGUGUUUUGGGGGUUUUACUAAAAGUCAAGCUUGAACAUCGGAAAAUCACCAACAGACCUCCAAACCACCACCCACAUCUUCCAUUUGUUUAUUUUAAGUGAAUGAAUGAAACAAAAUGGUAAUUCAGUCUGAUUGUCAGACUAAUCUGAGACAUUUGCUUUCAAAAUUAUGCGGCUCUUCAACAAUUUCAUUUCAUAAUUGCGUUCUGUGAAGUACGUAAUAGAUGUACUUCACUUGUUUAUAUGAAAGUGAUGGAAUUAAAAUGACAGCACUAAUUUAAUAAAUAAAACAAUAUUGUUUGGUUAAUUUGUAAAAAAGACCAAGCAGUAUUUGAAUCUCUAUAAAUAAAAGGGAAACUAUAUGAUUCAAAUGAUUUUUUCCCCCCGUGUUUUACUGUAUGUGAAAUAGUAUCAUGCCAUGGUAACAUCUUGGCAUACUGGCGGCAUCACAACAAUCUCAAAUAUCACUGGUUUCACAGAUUUGAACCCUCAGUCCGAAACAGCAGGCUGCUCUGUGUACGGUAGUGUCAGCUGUCAAUCACAGACAUUUUCCUGAGUAUAUUCCUGGAAAAUGCUGCAGAUUCUAAAUCAAUCUGAAGCCCAGUAGGCCACUGUCUGACCUGCUCAGGAUCUUCUAUAUCAAGCACCAGUUGCAUCAGAGCGUUCCAACCAUCUGCUGUCGUUGUCUUUUUGUCCGAUGAUGCUCUCUUGUGGACAAAAUGUAAAGUGACACCAAAAGAGCACGUGGCAACAAGUAAACAAAGUCCACUUUAAAAGAACAACUUUCCUGAUGGCCCCCAUUCAUCCACAAACGUAUAAAUGACAGCUGAAGUAAGUGACAGAACACUGGCAUUCGCUCAAAGUUUAUUAAAUACACAUUGGAAAAUAAAACUCUGUUACCAUCCAUAGCUUAUUAUAGCAUGUGCACGUCUGCAAAGAAGUACAUGUGGAGGGAUGACACAAGCGCUGGGUAAAGGCUGUAUGCUGAUGACGACGUCCCAGUCCCCCCACAGGUUUCCACUAAACUAAGAUGCCGUGAGGAGAGUUGAUCAGAACCUGACCAGCACAGUGUGGUAUCAUGCCGGGGAAAUGGCACAAAGUUUUAAACCUGCAGCUAACACCGGUGAUUUAUUAAAACAGUUUCUGUACAAAACAAAAGGACCCAUCCUAUCAGACUGCUUUAUUUGCCGCUCAUAUUUAGAAUAUGGGGAUAUACGAGUUACCCAACUUGUCAUACUGACAUUGAGUUCAGUUAAAAAUCAGAUACCAGCCUGUUAAUGUCGUCUACCUCCAGCAUGAUGUAGUUCAAUUACAUACUAUCUUGAAUAUUUAUUAACUGUUCAUCUACAGUAAACCCUUACCAUGUAUUGAUUAUGACUUUCUGAUCAAAUUCAACACAAAUAUAUUUUACUAUAUUCCAUUAAUAUAGAUGCAUCCUGAGCUUUAGUUUCACGUGAUCUCAACGCUGUUUCAGGUAGAGUUUUAUACAGCCAAAAACAGAUUGUUUUUUUCUUUAAUGGACACGUUGAUUAAUGCAAACAAUCAAAUCAAAAAUGUUCUCACAAACCAUUGCUCGCUCCACAGCCGUAAUCCAAAAAAAGAA